UGGCUGAGGCCCAAGCAGUGCUCUACCGUGAUUGGUCACAGCCUGCUACUCCACGUCAGGAAUGGCAGCUUAACUAAACGUCCAAAGACAACGUGAACACGAUAAACAAACGUGAAACAAACAAUAUAUGUGAACGAGCUCUUCGAAAGAUCGUGUUUUAGGUCAAAAUGAGCGUUGGUUUCAUAGGAGCGGGUCAGCUGGCGCACGCGCUGGUGAAGGGCUUCACAGCAGCAGGUGUGAUCGCCACGCACAGGAUAACAGCAAGUUCUCCUGACAAAGACCUGCCAACUGUCACUGGGCUAAGAAAAAUGGGAGCAUACUUCACUACCAGUAAUAAAGAGACUGUGAACAAGAGUGAUGUUCUCUUCCUUGCGGUCAAGCCACAUAUCAUUCCCUUCGUUUUGGAUGAGAUUGGGCCAGACAUCGAAGACCGCCAUCUCAUUGUCUCUUGUGCAGCAGGAGUCACGAUCAGCUCCAUAGAAAAGAAACUGCUGCAGUACCGUCCGGCACCUAAAGUAAUUCGCUGCAUGACAAAUACCCCAGUGGUGGUGCGUGAAGGGGCCACGGUGUACGCCACCGGCACCCAUGCAGAGGUGGAGGAUGGGAAGCUCCUGGAGCAGCUAAUGGCCAGUGUGGGCUACUGCACGGAGGUGGAGGAGGACCUGAUUGAUGCCGUCACUGGUCUUAGUGGGAGCGGCCCAGCCUAUGCAUUCCUAGCUGUUGACGCUCUUGCUGAUGGAGGGGUAAAGAUGGGACUGCCCAGAAGAUUGGCUGUGCGGCUAGGAGCUCAGGCUCUGCUUGGGGCGGCAAAAAUGCUCCUGGAGUCUGAGCAACACCCCGGAGAGUUAAAAGACAACGUGGCUUCACCUGGAGGUGCUACGAUUCACGCUUUGCAUGUCAUGGAAAGUGGUGGCUUCCGCAGCCUCCUGAUCAAUGCUGUGGAGGCAUCAUGCAUUAGAACCAGGGAGCUUCAGUACUUGGCAGACCAGGAGAAGAUUUCUCCAGCUGCCAUAAAGAAGACUACUUUGGACAAGGUGCUUCAGCAGCCAGGUGUCACGACAACAGGGGACGGGGUCAGGACCGGCCUCAACCUCUUUAACAGCACCAACCCCAAACACAAGAAAAACUAAACCUGAUCAUCAUAAUCCAGCUUACAGUAAGGAUGAAACCACUCGAAGAACUGCAGACAAGAUGCUUACACCAAAAAUGCUUUAAAUUGUUCUCAUAAAUUGGUUAUCCAGUAUUUUUAUAACCUAUACUGUGCUCAGUUGUCAUUAUUGUGCGUUUUGCCUUUUUUGGCUGGUUUGGACCAACUCUAAGCAAUUAGUUUCUCUUGAUACACACUGUAAACCAUGCACUGUGUAGAUUUAUUAAACCAUGUCUGAUCAUACUGUA